AUGGGAUCUGAGAACCUCACCUUUGUCUCAGAGUUCAUCUUGAUGGGGCUCUCCAACCACCACAAUACACAGAUUCUUCUCUUUGUGGUAAUCCUUAUCGUCUACACAAUCACUCUCGUGGGGAACCUGGUGAUCAUCAUGCUGGUGCAGACAGACCCCCGUCUCCAUACUCCCAUGUACUUCUUCCUAACCCAUCUCUCUGGCUUGGAGAUCUGUUAUGUUUCCAGCACUGUGCCCCAGAUGCUGGCUCACCUCCUAUCUGGCAACAGAACAAUCUCAUUCACACGUUGUGCAGCCCAAAUGUACAUUGCUUUAUCCUUAGGCAGCACUGAAGGUCUUCUCCUUGGUGCCAUGGCCUACGACCGCUACUUGGCAAUCUGCCGUCCCCUGCUUUAUGCCGUUCUCAUGGACAAGCGUUGGCAACUAAAGCUUGCCACAACUUCUUGGGUUGGUGGUUUCCUGCUCUCUGUUAUGAAUGUGGGCUGCACCCUUCGCCUCCCUUUCUGUGGCCCCAACCACAUCAACCAUUUCUUCUGUGAGCUGCCAGUGGUUCUAAAACUGGCAUGUGCUGACACCCAUUCCACUGAAGCUGUAAUUUUCGGGGCAGCAGUACUGAUCCUCUUAGUUCCCCUUUCUGUCAUCCUGAUCUCCUAUGGACUCAUCCUGUCAUCUGUGUUACAAAUGCAGUCAGCAGCCGGGCGGAGCAAGGCUUUCUCCACAUGUGCUUCCCAUCUGGCAGUGGUGACCUUGUUCUAUGGUACUGUGAUCUCUAUGUAUAUGAGACCCCGGUCAGCCACAACUCCUGAUCGAGACAAGAAAAUAGCUGUUUUUUACAUUGUGGUCACUCCACUGCUCAACCCGAUAAUCUAUACCCUGAGGAACAAGGAGGUCCAUGAGGCAGUGGCCAAGGUGCUGCAGAAGGGAGCAUGGAACAAAAAAGACAAGCACUGA